UUUUUAAGUUAAAAACUACAGCUGACUAUUGUUUACUUAUUGGCGCAGGCGCCGUUCAGCCGGCUAGAAAGCAUUCCACAUUUUCGAAAUCAUUUCGAUGACACUGGAAUGUAGGGGAAUUUGGCGCCAUAUAAUUCUAUUUUGGCGAAACAAUUCAGUCAGUCGAACGACAUCAACGCGCGUGUAAGGAAGUACGCCUGCGGAAAGAAAGUAUCAAAAAAUUGCAACUUGGAUUACUACGACGUUUCAACUGCAAAGUGAUAAAUGGUUUUGGUUUACCCCAUACCCCACAGAAACACCCACACACACAUACAGCAUAAUUGGCCUCAAUAACUUUGUGGGUUGGGUACAUUUAGCCCACAAAAGUCAAUAGUUAAUUGGCUACUUCAAAUGGUCAUAAACAAUUGUGAAAACUUUUGCAGAUACUAAGUGAAAAUAAAAGAGAUACAAAGAGAGAGAGAGAGAGAGACAAAGGUGAGAGAGGCAAAAAGGUUGGAAAACAAAUAGACGAUUGCGCAGAAAAUAAAUAAAAAUCAACAAUCACAGCGCACAUUCCAAAUAACAACAGAUUCACAAGAACUGACUUUGGUGGCGCCACUAAUUUGCAUAAUUAAAUCUAUUCUGAGGUGUACAACAAUAUAUGACAAUGAUAAUGAUGAAGAUAAAGACAAGAUAAGUCUCGAAAGUCACCACAACCACAGGAGGAAAGUUGGCCUCUUCCACAAAAAAGUGAAACACGUCGAGAUGUCAUCUCAAUGAAUGAUUUAACACUUUAACUACUACCAAUAGAGAAGUUAAACGCUUUCAAUAUGCAGGAACUCUCUGGCCCUGUCCAUUUGGGCCACCAUAGAAGCGAUUUGAAUGCUUCAUUAUUGGAGAGUUUACAUAUCUCUCCAGAGGAAUUUAAUGAUUUUAUGGCACGUUUAGCCGAUAUGAAAAUUAAAAAUAAAUCGCUAGCCGAGAUUAGCGAAUGCGAAGGCUAUUGUCAAGGUGAAAUUUACAAAUGGUUGCGUACUUAUAAUGGCAUGCAUGGAUAUGUCUCUCUAUUGAUUUGCAUAUUCGGCACAAUAGCGAACAUCUUAAAUAUAAUGGUAUUGACAAGAAAGGAGAUGGCCAAGGCGCCAAUCAAUAAUAUACUUAAAUGGUUAGCUGUCGCCGAUAUGUUUGUGAUGCUGGAAUAUAUACCCUAUACAUCGUAUCAAUACAUCUAUAUGAAAGGUGACAAGGAUCUUAGUUAUGGAUGGGCUGUUUAUUUGCUAUUUCAUAUGCAUUUCACUCAGAUAUUGCAUACCAUAUCAAUUGGAUUGACUGUUACAUUGGCCAUUUGGCGAUAUGUGGCCAUCAGACAUCCGAAUGGUAGUUGUGCAAACUUUCUGCUGGCACAUUCCAGAGAGGCCAUACUCUUUCCAUUUCUCAUCUCACCGAUAUUAUGUUUGCCAACAUAUUUUGUCUUCAAGGUGAGAGAAACGCACGAGUUGGCCACCGAUGAGGCCAUGUUUCAUGUAUAUUUUGACAACAAUUCAAUUCUAUAUAGAUUUAAUUUCUGGAUACAUUCCGUGAUUAUAAAGCUACUGCCUUGCUGCAUAUUAACCAUAAUUAGUUUGGUUCUAAUGCAUGUGCUGUGUGAGGCCUCAAGACGUCGACUUAAAUUAAAGGAUUAUGAUACCACCGCCAAAUAUGCCAUACAAUUUAAUUUGAAUGAUCAAACCAAGUCCAAGCGUAGGCCACCACGUUGUGAUAGACGAAAUGAUCGAACUACUUUACUUUUGGUUGCUGUGCUAAUACUAUUUCUUGUGACGGAAUUUCCACAGGGCUUACUUGGCCUAUUGUCGGGGAUAUUAAAGAAAUGUUUCUUUGAACACUGCUAUCCACCAUUUGGUGAAAUAGUGGAUCUUUUAGCUCUUAUUAAUGCGGCUGUCGGUUUUGUUCUCUAUGGCUUUAUGUCCAAACAGUUUCGUACAACAUUUCGUUCAUUGUUUUUUAAAAGGCAUUUUGGUAGUUCAGAAAUGACACGUCUAACUAGAGUAACUACCACUUGCGUUUAGUUAAGAUCACAAAUAAAAUAAAAACACUACUAAA